AUGGCUAUGGUGGUCUACGGUGGGGGCAAGAUGGGUGGCAGGACGAUGUCAGGGCUUCUGUCUGGAGUGGCUGUGGUCCUCCUGGUGGUCCUGCAGAGCACACAGUCAGUCUAUAUCCAGUACCAGGGCUUCCAGGUCCAGCUGGAGUCCGUGAAGAACCUGAGUGACCUGGAGAGGCAAUUGGUGGUCAGCCCCCGCCUGCACGCUCAGAUCUCCCUGCCCAUCUCGUGCUACCACACGGCCCUGCCACUGGACCUCAAGUCCAUCUGCAGCUCCAAGGAAGCCACCAACAUCUUCCAGGCCUUGAAGACCAUCGCUAGCGACGACUGUGAGCUGUGUGUGAAUGUUGCCUGCACCGGCUGCAUCUGGAAACCCUGAGCCCACCCUGGACACCUUGGCCACCCACACCACUGCCCUCGCAGCCCCCAUCCCCAUCCAGGCUCUGGCGGUGCCCUAGCCACCUCGGUCAUUGCCAUCCUCCCAGGGCCCAAUCAGCCAGAUCUGGCACAGAGCAGCUGGACACACAGUCCCUGCUGCUGAAUAAAGAUUCUCC